UUCUGCGACACGUUGAUUAUAGUUUGUUCUCAGCUAUUACUUGCACAGGAUUCGAAGAAGUUGCGAUUGCAUGAGCUUGAAGACGUUUGUGGCUCAAUGGCAGCUGGAAUUGCUCGGUAUGGGUCGGAUGCGCUUCUCUCCGUGGAAGCUGACAAUGUCCUCAUGAGAGAGCCCUCGAAUGAUCCUGUGUACCGGGAGGACUCUCGCGAACUUUUGCACGGUAAUGCGUUUCUUAAUGAAGAGGAAUCUCCAUAUUUCGCAGCCGGUUAUCCGAAUGGUGGCAAUUAUGAAUUAACGAAAGAUUCAAGAGCUACUGCCAAUGCAACUGUUGGGAACGUAACUAUCGAGACAGCCCUAGUCGCUGAAAGGAUUGCAGAAGUUGAGGGCGAGGAUCAACCUGGAGGACCUCCGGUGCUGGGCAAUGGAUUUCUAUCUGGUGACAUAGUUACUACAGGAUAAAAGGAUAUAAGCAACACAGACUUUGCUGGAACAAAUGGCGUGAAUGAAGUGGAUCCCCUGUUAGACACCCUCCAAUCGGAUACAAUUUCUGCAGUGCCAACACCAGACCUCGUUAAAGGAGUCGUUGGUCAUCUCGAACAAACCGGCAUCAUUCCGGAAGUCAUUGACCGGUUUACACCUACAACUACUGUGCGUUUGAUUUACAAUGAUAAUCUGGUAUGUCCUCGACCUUGGCUUCUUUGUUGUUUAAAGAACUGAUGCCUGAAGAAAAUUUCAGUUGCUAAGGGUAUGAAAUCAUUCCCGUGGAGCGCCUCAAAACGUACUGGAAAAUGUCAAGUGCUGUCUUUAGUUAGGUUUGUCAAAGCAAUAUUGCUUGAAAUCUUUUGUGCAGGAAGUAUUGGACGGGACAAAAGUGUCUGAAAAUGAUGUGUCCAAGCAACCAAAAGUUGAAAUUGAGGGAGCGUUUGUGAUGCCUGGAAGCUUGUACACAAUCAUGCUUGUUUCAUCAAGUGCAAUUGGAGAAGGAAAAGAGCGUGUGCAUUGGAUUCAUGUGAACUAUCAAGGACCACAGGAUAUUGGUUCAGCAGUUAUACGAGCAGGUGCAGAUGUUCUGCACUGCGAGGCCCCGAAGGCAGGUAGUAACUCCAAUCAACUGGUAUUCUUGCUGUUUCGACAGCCUGGACAACUAGUUGUUCCUACGGCGCAUUCCAACGAUGAAAUAUCUGCUCGAUCGUUUGCUGCCACACACCAUCUAACACCAGUAGGUGCAUUAUGUUUCAUGGUGGCAUGAGUCAGGUAACAUGUCUAAAAGCAAUUCUUCUUACAAUGUAUUUGUACAUACUAGAUAUUUGUAGCUACUACUGUAAAUAUUCUCUUGAAAGGAUGAAAGUUGUCUGACAUGACAUGGCAUUUCUUUCAUGUUGGAAUGGCUACAUUCAGCAUUUAGAAUUGAACCCAUAGAUGUCUUUUAGACAUAUGCCGAAUAUCAAAGUUCCUAUGGAUUAUCUAAUAGCUACCCUUCUGGAUCGUUUUGUAGCCUUCUCAUCUCAGACAAACGAAAAGCUCGUUUUGGUCGACGCAGGAAUGGCUUUGUUUUCCAUUUAUUUUGUGCAUACAUUGGAUGGCAGCUGGGUUAGAAUUCUAAGGGAGAUAUCUCACAUGGGCUGCCGUGCCAAAAAUAUUUUUAAUUCAAAUAGUUUGAAAAAAUAUUAUCCUUGGAAA